AUGGGCCGAGUAUUAGUGGGUGAUUCAAAAUUAGAGGAUCAGAAGUCUAUGAUUGCUGCGCAGUCAGAGUUUAACUGGAGGGCUUCGAAAGUAGGGAUUGAUGAGAACAUGGAUGACACGAUGGCCAAUGUGAAGGGGGCACAAGGGGCUCUGCUCAAGUAUCUCAAUUGCAUCUCAUCAAAUAGGUGGCUGAUGAUUAAGAUCAUCUUCGUUCUGAUUUUCUUCCUCACGAGCUUUCUCUUUUUUGUGGCAUAG